UUGACCCCGUGGCAGCAGGGCCCAUAGUCCCGUCACUGGGGACAUAAAAGGAAGGAGCAGCUGACAGCUUUGUGAGGGAGAGUAGCCUAGCGGGUGCCUGGCUGGCUCGGCUGGAGGAGUAGGCUGGGGAAGCCUCUAGUGCUUCUAGCUGGCUCAGCAAGCUGCUGCGUUCAGGGGCAGGGACUACCACUCGGUCCCUUUGCGAGUUGCCAAUGUUCCAGCUGACAGCCACCCCAGCAAGCGCCCUUGCAGAUGAGCCCGUGCACAUCCGAGUGUCAGGCCUGUCCCCGUUGCAGUUGGUGACCCUAAUGGCAUCUCUGAAGGAUGAGAAGGGGAAUGUGUACCGGUCCAAAGCCUUCUACAAGGCGAACGAGGUUGGUGAGCUGGACCUCACGCAGGCUCCUGCGUUUGGAGGCGACUACGUGGGGGUCCACCCCAUGGGCCUCUUCUGGUCUCUGAAGCCCCAGAAGGCUUUCGGGAGGCUGCUUAAGAGCGAUGUGAUGAACAGCCCCUUCUGGGUUACUCUGAACCUAUAUGACUCAGUUUGUAUGCAAGAUUUCAUCACAGACGAGCCCAUGGCCAGCCAGGUGGUCCAGCGCUGGUUCUCAGCCCCUGGGGUACAGCGGGUGCAGAUCCGAGAAGGUCGGGUGCGAGGAGCCCUUUUUCUGCCUCCAGGGGAAGGUCCUUUCCCAGGAGUCAUUGAUUUGUUUGGGGGCCGAGGGGGUCUGAUUGAAUUUCGGGCCAGUCUUUUGGCUGCUCACGGCUUUGCAGUGCUGGCCUUAGCAUAUUUUGCCUACGAAGACCUGCCCAGUUCACUGCAGGAGAUCGACCUGGAAUAUUUUGAGGAAGCUGCAAACUUGCUACUAGCCCAUCCCAAGGUCCAAAUGCCAGGAAUCGGAGUGAUCUCGGUGAGCAAAGGUGCAGAGAUCGGGCUGGCCAUGGCCUGCUUCCUGAAGCAGGUGGCAGCCACCAUCUGCAUCAAUGGGACCAAUGCCAUCUACGAAUUUCCGCUCAGGUACAAAGAUCUGGUUAUAACGCCCAUCCCCACGUUUAUAGAGCGCAUGCAGUUUCACGUCUCGGGGGCUGUGAGCCUCCGCCACUACAAGGGGGACCCCAGGGAUGAACUGAAUCAGCAAAGCGUGCUUCCUGUUGAAAAGGCCCAGGGUUCAAUCCUUUUCGUUGUUGGAGAGAAUGACGAAUGCUUCAAUAGCAAGGAGUAUGCUGAGCAGGCCCUGCGCCAGCUGCGGAGCCAUGGGAGAAACAACGGAAGGAUGCUGGCGUACCCCGGGGCGGGCCAUCUCAUAGAGCCGCCCUAUGCACCCCUGUGUUACGCGUCCCCAACCCAGAGCUCUUCUUGGCCCCUGCUCUGGGGAGGGGACCCUGCUGCUCACGCAGCAGCCCAGGAGCACUCCUGGGGAGAGAUCCUGAAAUUCCUCAGGCAACACCUUAUUCAAACCAGAAAAAAACUCUGAGCCAGCGCUAAAGGUGAUGAUGAAGUGGGGAGACAAAAAAAUGACAAUAAGGCAGGCAUAUGAUGGGAAGGGGGGGGUUCUCCUGACUUCUCUAGAUUCACAGUUAUCUUGAAUCAUUUGGAAGGAAAUAGGGCAAAAAUCAAGGGACAAGGGCACAGGUGCACCUGAAGUGUUUCUGACCAAUUUGUGUGUGAUUUGAAUUUUUUGUAAACUGAAUCUUAGUGUACAUGCACGAGGGUACAUUGCCGUCUCAAAACUGUGAUACCCUUGCAAAUUGAAUAGCCUUCUGUUUCCCAGGUAGGGAUGCCUUGGGCCCAGGUAUUGCCAAUCUAGAUGACUUCCCGGGAACUUCCAAGUUACUUGUGGCAAAACAAGUAACUUCUGUUUAAAGUUGAGUUUUUGACAUUUAAGAUGAGAAGUUCUAAUGCCACCAUCAAAUGUAAUGCUCAUUAUAUAUUUCCAAUAGAUUCUUUAUUUUUUUCCCAGAAUAGUGAUUUCUUUUUAUCCUUAAAAUAUAUUUCUUUUUGUAAUUUUAAUCAGGAAUUGGAUUGAAUUUAAUCAGGUGCCUUUAUAGCAUUUAUUGAAAUUAGUUAUUGAAGUUAGUUAAUAUAUUUAAAGCAAUGAGAACAGUCCAGGUAUGUAGCAAUUACUGUAUGAAUUACAUUCAUUAAUGGACUCGUGUUGCUUUUGCAUCUAAUUUUACUAGAUGAUUUUCUCAUGUUGACUAAUGUGGGUUUUAAAAUUUUUUUGGAGCCAACCCGGUCAUUCUUAUUUUCUCAGAAUUUCACCCAUAUUUUCUAGAACACAUUUUUCACUUAUAAUUGUGCACAUAUCCCCUAUUAUUUAUUUGCAUGAUUUCUCUUUUUUCCUCUCUGUCUGACUUACCAAAUAUUUUUCUGUUUUAUUGAUCUUUUCCAAGAGCGGUUUUUUGUCUGUUUUUUGGUUUUUUCCUCCUGAUUCCUUGAUUUCUGUCCUUUUAAAAUAAAUUCAUUCCUUCUGCCAUUUUUGUGUUUAUUUUUCUGGCAGUGUUCUCAUUUUGUUAAUUUCUAGAUAGUUUCUGAUUUACUUGCCCUCCCCCCUUUAAGCCCAAGAGUAACUUUACCGCAGUACAAGGUAUCAUACUAUUGAUCUAUAGGGGAGGGGUGAGGAACUUUGCAGUGGAGGAUCAGAUUGUUACCACAUGAACCCACUGAUCAAACUUAGCAUCUCUUAAAAUGGUCAUUUUUACAUAAUGUGCUUCAUGACGAGAUGUAACAUGGUGUGCCUAGCACUACUUAGAUUACUUCUAACAAUGCUAUUAAACUCGAACCUAGUCAAACCUUUAAAUCAAACUUCCUAUUGAUACAGUGACUAGAGACCAGUUAAGCAAUCCUACAAAGAGACAAACAAAUCAGGUUAUGCGUCAUUGUAUAACCUGGCCUCAUUGUAAGUUAAUUAGCAACUGACCUGGUUUUUUCAGAAGCUGGUCACAUGAAAAAAUUUGGGAUUUUUUUCUUUGUGGGAUUUCCCCCCGCCCUCCUUUUUUUUUUCUUCUUUGCAUUGGAGUGAGCUGUGGGACUAUCAAGCAUUAAAAGAGACUUAAGAGACAUCAACCAAAUGCAAUUUGCAGGCUUGGUUUGAGCAAAAUAACUGUAAAAAGACAUUUUGGGGACAAUUAGAAAAAUCUGAAUAUGGACUGGGUAUUAAAUGAUACUAUGAAAUUGUUACUAUCUUGUUAGGUGUUAUAAUGGUAUUGUGGUUAUUAUAAAAAGUCACUUUUAGAUGAAGAUGCAUACUGACAUAUUUAAAGGUGAAGGGCUGUGAUAUCUGGGAAUUGCUUUAAAAUACUACAGGAAUAUGGCAAAAUGUGAAUAAUUAUUACUUCUAGAUUAUGGCUAUAGUGAAGUUUGUUAUAAUAUUUUUUAUGUGUGGCUGUAAUUUUUCAUAUAAAAAGCUAAAAAUUAAAAGAUACAAUCAAUAUCAAUGUAUUUACCUUUCUUCCCCCAAAGGCAAGAAUUAAGCAUAGACUAAAUCUUUUUUUUCCAUGACAGCCCCCAAUUUCAGAUUACUGAUUUGUUUCACAAUAAAUACAUAUUUAACAUAACCAUAAUUCAAUGUGUCUUUCCUGUUUGUAGUUCCUUACAGCCUGUCUUUUA